AUGUGGGAGACCCAGUGGCGUCCCACUAUCGCUGAAAGCACAGCGGGCUUCACCGUAGCACCCAGGACUUACCCGCUCGAGCACAGCAUCAUUGAGGACUGGGACAGCAUGGAAAAUCUGUGGAGUCACCUCUACUUCUGUGGCCUGAAGGUCCCCCCAGAAGAACAGCCCCUGCUCAUGGCUGACUCCCCUUCUUGCCCCUUCUUGCCCUUCUGCACGUGGCUAACACCAGGCCAGACCUGGAGGGAGGCCACCUACUGCCUUGGGGUGGCCAGUGGGACCCUCUCCCGCCACCUGCACAGCCUGCUCAUGGAGAGCCCCAAUGACCCCUUGGUGCUCAAUGCCUUGAAGAGGAAGACAGUGAUCCAGCUGAAGAAGCAAUGCUGCUAUGUCUCCAUAGACUACGAAGGUGACCUCCAGAACCAAGGCUACCAUCAUACAGCCAGAUUUCAGACCCCCAAUGGGCGCUGGAUAACCCUGGACAAGGAACGGUUCUGCUGCCCUGAGCCACUCUUCCAGCCGACACUACUCUACCAAAGCUCCCCAGGGCUCCACCACUUGGCCUUGCAGAGCCUCCAGAAGGUACCUGACCACGCCAGGAGGGACACAGUGGGCAACAUUGUGCUGUCAGGGGGCUCUUCAAUGUUUCCUGGCUUUCGGAUGUGCUUAGAGCUCAACGCUCUGUUCCAGAGCACGGGCAGCCAGAUCCAGGUCCUGGCGAGCCCGGAGAGAAGCACAGCAGCCUGGGCUGGGGGGUCGAUGGCAGCAUCACUCAUGUCCUUCCAGCACACGUGCACAAGAUAUUCCAGCCAUGCCGGCUGUCGGGGACAGCUGGGCUACAGGCGGCCCCAACGCUCCAAGCUGGAGGCCAUGCACAUCCAGGGCACUGCAGCAAAGCCAGGCUUUUAG